GCAUCGCCUCCCCUCCCUCCGCCGCCUGACGCCGAGCGCCGCGGGGCUCUCGCCAGCCACCUGCCUGCCAGCGACGCGGCCGCUGCACCCCGAGGGGAGGCUGCGGGCCAUGGAGGCGGCGGCGGCGGCGGCGGCGGCGGGCGAGGGCAAUGGCAGCAGCGGGGGGGCGCCGUCGGUGCGGGGGGGCUACUCGGCGGGGGGCGCGGCGGCGCUGGCGGCGGUGGUGGGCGCGCUGAUCGCCUUCACGGUGGCGGGCAACGUGCUGGUGGUGGUGGCGGUGCGGCGGAGCCGGGCGCUCCGGGCGCCGCAGCACCUGUUCGUGGUGUCGCUGGCGUGCGCCGACGUGCUGGUGGCGGCGCUGGUGAUGCCCUUCUCGCUGGCCAACGAGCUGCAGGGCGCCUGGCGCUUCGGGCCGGCCUGGUGCCGCGCCUACCUGGCGCUCGACGUGCUGUGCUGCACGGCCUCCAUCGCGCACCUGUGCGCCAUCAGCCUGGACCGCUACUGGGCCGUCACGCGCGCCCUGCAGUACGGCCACGGCCGUUCGGCCCGCCGCGUCAAGGGGGCCAUCGGGGCCGUCUGGCUGCUCUCGGCCGCCAUCUCGCUGCCGCCGCUGCUGCCCGCCCUGGCCGAGCCGCCGCCCGCGCCCCACGAGCCGCCGCGCUGCCGCCUCAACGACCAGCCCUGGUACAUCCUGGCCUCGUGCGCCGGCUCCUUCUUCGCGCCCUGCCUCAUCAUGCUGCUGGUCUACGCGCGCAUCUACCGCCUGGCCCGACGGCGCCCCGCCAGCCUCUCCCGCAAGCAGCGCCCGCCGCCCGCCGCCGCCCCCACCACGCCGCCCCCCGGCGCCCGGGAGCCCCUCGCGCCCGGCCGCGGCAGCCCUCCGCGCCGCCGGCCCUCCGCCUCGGCUUCCCCGCCGCCCUGGACCUUCUCCUUCUCGGCGUCCGCCUCGGGGCGCCCCCCGGCCUGGGCCGCCGCCGCCGCCUCCUCGUCCUCCCCGUGGCCGGCGUCGCGGGGGGAGGCGAGCCAGGCGCGCGAGAAGCGCUUCACCUUCGUGCUGGCCGUGGUGAUGGGCGCGUUCGUGCUGUGCUGGUUCCCGUUCUUCUUCAGCUACAGCCUGUACGGGAUCUGCCGCCAGGCCUGCCGCGUGCCCGAGCCGCUCUUCAAGUUCUUCUUCUGGAUCGGCUACUGCAACAGCUCCCUCAACCCGGUCAUCUACACCGUCUUCAACCAGGACUUCCGCAGGGCCUUCAAGCACAUCCUCUUCGGCCGCAGCAGCGCCCGCAGGAAGGCCCACGCCCCCCGCGCCAGCGCCCAGCGGAAGGCGCUCUUCUCCUGGAAGUAACUUCGGGCCGGCCGGGAGGGGCCCGGGGCAGCCGCGGGCAGGAAGCCGGAGGGCCGGUCUGGCCGGGGGACUGGAAGGACUGUGCGCCUGCCGGCCGGAAACGCCCCGCCUGCGCAGGGGAACCCCCAACAAGACCCAUCCCAGA